CGGUCCUCCGCGCCGCCCGCGCCCGCCGCCCGCGAGGCAGCCGGCUCCGAGUCACGUGUCAGUGCCUGAGGCAGAGACCGAGAGAAAAACGCGCUUCAUUCCUUCUUCCACCGCCAUACUGUAUUUUACACUAAAUCUCAUUUUUAUUCCAACAUUUUACUCCCGCUCGUGGAAGGUUUUUCUGGAAAAAAAUGAAGUGCGGUUUGGUUUCCUUGUCAACGGAGGAUGAAGUGCACAGCUGAGCAGCUCGCAGCGAGCAGGAUUAAAACAAGGUGAGCCAACCAUGACUGGCAAAACACAGACCAGCAACGUCACCAAUAAGAAUGACCCCAAAUCCAUCAACUCCCGUGUUUUCAUCGGCAAUUUAAAUACAGCCAUCGUCAAGAAAGUUGACAUCGAAGCCAUUUUUUCAAAGUAUGGGAAAAUAGUCGGAUGCUCGGUUCACAAAGGUUAUGCAUUCGUACAGUACAUGAGUGAGCGACAUGCAAGAGCUGCAGUGGCGGGAGAAAAUGCCAGGAUCAUCGCAGGCCAACCGCUUGAUAUCAACAUGGCAGGAGAACCCAAACCAUACAGACCAAAACCUGGAAACAAGCGGCCCCUUUCUGCACUCUACAGACUUGAGUCAAAGGAGCCUUUCCUAUCUGUUGGUGGUUAUGUCUUUGACUAUGAUUACUACAGAGAUGAUUUCUACAAUCGGUUGUUUGAUUACCAUGGGCGCGUACCUCCACCUCCCCGUGCGGUCAUCCCCCUGAAGCGUCCCCGGGUGGCUGUCACAACGACCCGCAGGGGAAAAGGAGUCUUUUCCAUGAAAGGCGGAUCAAGAUCUGUCAGUGGGUCGUCUUCAUCAGGCUCUAAAUUGAAAUCAGAUGAAUUACAGACAAUCAAGAAAGAAUUAACUCAGAUCAAAACUAAAAUUGACUCCUUGCUAGGACGCCUGGAGAAGAUUGAAAAGCAGCAGAAGGCGGAGGCAGAAGCUCAGAAGAAGCAAUUGGAAGAGAGUAUAGAGCUGAUUCAAGAUGAAUGUGUAUCAGAGAAUGCAGAUCACUCUACAGAGGAACCUGCUGAAGGAGGGCAAGAUGCGGAUGGAGAAGAGAUGACUGAUGGGAUAGAGGAGGACUUCGAUGAAGAUGGGGGUCAUGAGCUGUUUCUACAGAUAAAGUGAUCUGAAGCAAUGUAUGAUAACACAAAAGCAGCAAAGAGAGACUGUGACAGCCCCCAGAAAUGUGAAAGGAGGCUUCUUACCGGAGAACAGCAUCUUUGAUUCGAUUUAUAUAAAAAUCCCAAAUAAAUAAAUGGCCGAUAUCGUCCAGUUUUAGAAAUUCCAUUUCUUCUAUGUUCUGAGCUGUACAAUUGUCAGGUUUUUAUGGUUUAAAUUGUAAAUGUGUUUUCCCUCUUCCCGAUUAUUUUUUUUAAGUCUUAAAAUGUGAUGGACAUUUAUGAAUGGUAAGAGAGACUCUGUAUACAAAUGUAUAUUUGUAAAAGCUAUUUUUAUGAUUAGCAUGUUUCAUUGUCAAUCAUAUAUAGUCAGGUGCAAUUCUAUGUUUAAAACUUAUUUCCAACAACAAAAUACAAUGCCAUGUAAGAAAAAAUACAUUGUAUGGUAGUUUUAUAAUUUAUUUUUAAUUUAUAGUUUAAAGUACUUCAGAUCAUAAGGAUGAAACACUUGAAAAAAUUAUAUUUCUGCCCUCAAUAAGCAGCAUUUUUAUUAAUAAAGAAUGCAAUUAUGUAUUUCAGAUGUGAUGCAACAGUUAAAGGACUAUUGUUUUGACUUGUGACUAAAUUGAGCAUGCUCCGCUCUACUGAACUGGAAUGUUCCAAUUAUUACCUAAUAUUUCAGUAUGGAUGUAAGAUUCCAUGGACAGGUUUCAGUGCUCAUACAGGUGAGAACUAGAUGGACAAGAAAAAGAUUGUCUUGUCUUUCAAUCCAAAAGUUUCAAUUAGUGCAUACAUCACUUCAUUUCAUCUCCUGUUCCCAAGGAUUCUUAACUCCUAAGCAUUGCAAGUGUUUUUCAGAUACUUCUAGCUAUUGUCUUGUGCUGUGGAAAUGGAAAGAGCCAUCUUCGCAGUCCAUAGGAGAAAUCAGCAUAUAAUUUCUAAAUAAAUACUUCCUUUUAAAACAAA